AAAUUAACAACAAUCUCAAUUCUCAAUCAAACAGAGGGCAAAUCUCAAUACAAUGGAAUCUGGAAAGACAAGCAAGGGUGCCGGAGGGAGGAAAGGCGCCGGCGAGAGGAAGAAGUCGGUGACCAAGUCCAUCAAAGCUGGCCUCCAGUUCCCUGUCGGUAGGAUCGCUAGGUUUUUAAAGAAAGGCCGAUAUGCUCAACGUACUGGCUCCGGUGCUCCGAUCUAUCUUGCUGCCGUCCUUGAAUACCUCGCCGCCGAGGUUUUGGAAUUGGCUGGAAAUGCUGCCCGAGAUAACAAGAAGACGCGGAUUAACCCUAGGCAUGUUCAAUUGGCUGUGAGGAACGAUGAAGAAUUAGGAAAAUUGUUGGCUGGUGUUACGAUUGCCAGCGGAGGUGUUCUGCCCAAUAUCAAUCCGGUGUUAUUGCCGAAGAAAUCGUCAUCUGAGACUGAGAAAACUACAAAAUCUCCUAAGAAGGCGUAAGAUCUAUCUUGACCUAGAUUCGGUUUAGGAUGAGGGUUUUUGUAUGAACAUAGUUUGGUAGUUAAAGCUUCAUGUUAUUUUGAACCUUACCAACGAAUGAAUUACAUGUGUUUAUUCUCAUUUAUGUUAUAUUGUUUAUCCCUCUUGUCGUUGUUUCUGUUAUUGCUGUCAAUGACA